CGCGACCUCUCGCGGUAGGAUCGGCCCUGAAAAAAUACAGGCUCGCGAUGCAUUGUGGAACUUGUAGUUCCAGAGGCGGCCAGUUUGGGCUCGUAAAGGACAGGGGUGUGAAACUCAGGUCAGCACGUUGGCAUCGUCAACUUCUUUCCCCUUCGCUAAACCGGGCGUGGGUGUGGCCAGUGCAUGAUGCAUCCAGCCCACAGGGCUGGGAGUUUGACAGCCCUGCUCUAGGAUGAUGGAUGACAAAAGCUAAUAGUUACUUAGAUGUCAUCUGGUAAAAAAUAUCACUGAAUACGUACAGUUGACUAGAGUAUUCCUGAAGAAAAAAAUCAUACAUGAUAUAAAAUUUUGUUAGAAAGUAAUUCUAUCACCCUGAAUGAAAGAUCUUCAACAUUUAUUAGCCAAUGAACACAUCUGAGAUUUUAAGAGAAUGAGUGCCAUGAAGACAGGCUACAGUAUGUCAAUUAUGUAUUGCCACCAUCAAGAAAAAAAAAAAAAAUAGUGGGUGGCCUGGCCAUUUUGCCAUCAUGGCAGGAUCAAAUUCGGAGGGUGGGUCGGUCGAAACUGAUCCACCAGGAUUCCCUCCUCCCAUGGAGGGUCUGCAGUUGAUCCAGCAGGGAGCCGAAGCCCGUCUGUAUCGGGGCCAAUUCUUAGGCAGGCCGACCGUGAUGAAACUCCGGUUCCCGAAACGUUACCGGCACCCAAUGAUGGAUGAGAGGCUCAGCCACAAGCGAACGGCACAGGAGGCCCGUUCGUUGCUACGCUGUCGAUGGGCAGGGAUUUCUGCACCUGUUGUGUACUUUGUGGACUAUGUUGUCAACUGUAUAUAUCUUGAAGACAUUGUAGAAUCAACUACUGUUCGGGACUAUAUAAUCUCCCAGCAGCAAUCUGGUGAAGGUAUCAGCAAUCUUAUUCAAUUAGCUGAAAAGAUAGGAGAGAUAUUGGCACGAAUGCAUGAUGAAGACCUCAUACAUGGGGAUCUCACAACGUCUAACAUGCUUUUGCGACCACCCGUGGAGAGGCUGGAGUUGACAUUAAUAGAUUUUGGACUAAGUUUUAUUUCUGGCCUUCCUGAGGAUAAAGGUGUUGAUUUAUAUGUCUUAGAGAAAGCCUUUUUGAGUACCCAUCCAAACACAGAAGCUCUGUUUGAAGCACUGUUGAAGAAAUACUCAGCUGCAUCUAAAAAAUCAAUUCCAGUGAUAAAAAAGCUGGAUGAAGUACGAUUAAGAGGAAGAAAAAGAUCUAUGGUUGGAUAAAGAAUGCAGACAACACAGGGAGAAAAAGAAGAGGAACUUAAAUUUUAUAUGUCCUUUAAAUAUUUUCAGUUAUGUCUAAUAAAAUUGAAUUUGGUUGUUAACAAAAAAAAAAAAAUAGUGAAAGGAACCUGGAAGAUGCAAGUGAAAAAGCAUGGUCCUCUAUUUGGAGGAAAAAAAUUCCAAAGGUAAUAUUUCUGGAUCCCACUGUAUCUAAGGAAAAAUGGUCUAUUAGAGGAAGUGCGAGAAGUAAAAAUUCAUCCUGAGCAGCAGUUAAAAUUAUUCUCAAAAUUUAACUGAUUUUCAGUUACAGAUAAUACUAUUUUACGGUAGAUUUGGAAAACUGUAAUAGGAUUUAAUAGUUAUACAACUAUUCCAUGCUUUACUACUUUGAAACAUCAAAUAAAUUUACUUAAAAAAAAUAUGAGAUUCUCAGAUCUUGAGUUUUAGUAUAACAUUUGACUUAGUGAUGAUUUUUUUAUAACCUGUGAUUGUAAUAUGCAGCCCUCUUUCCACCUUGCUAUAUUUCUUUUAUUUUUGUGUGCAUAUACAUAUAUGUAUAAUAUACUGAAAAGGUCAAUGUAAUUCAGUACUGCUUAACAUAUAUACCAAAUAUUGCUAAAAGUUUAUGAAGAGUUUCAUGUAAAAAAACCUUAUUCUAAUAACCUAAAGACAAUGUGCAAUUAUUCCUUGUGAACUAAUAGCGUGUGAAAGUGUGUCUGUGUAUAAGAAAAAGAGGGAAGCAACUUUCAGGAAAUGCUAAUGUUAGGAAUGGUAAACAGCACCUACAAAACUCAUACAUGAGCUAAGAAUAUUUUUUAAGAAAUGCCAAAACAAAAUAGACAACUUGAUGGCAUGUAAUCGUCAUCAUUGCAUUUCAGAUAAAGCUUUUCUUCAACAAUGGAGAUGUGAGUUUUUAAUACUAAAAAAAAAAAUACAUUGCCAUAACUGGAUUGAUCCAUAAUGAUAAUUUACUUAAAACCCCAACUUUACUAAAAGAUGUACAAUCCCUUAAAAACCUUUAAUCUGAUUUUCUUCCCUUCCCAGGAAAUGUUUGCAUUUUUUUAAAAAAAAUUCAAGGUAGUUUUAAAAAGUACAUAACAAUA